AGCUUCAGUAUGACCAGCGACUCUUUGCUCUGCUUCUUCCUGUGUGAGUACUUUUUACUUUUCUUCAUCUCACUUUAACAAACUUCAGCUUUAGGGUGACUUUAAUGCAUAACUAUACAUAUUUAAUGCUUUUUUAAAAAUAACAAUAAAAAGAAGUGUUUUGUACUUUGUAUAUUUCUCUACUCUGAAGGAGAGCUCUGAAGUUCUCCAACUGAAACUGAAUUUUCUGACGUCCCUCUGGACUCUGAAGUCCCUCUGGACUCUGACGUCCCUCUGGACUCUGAAGUCCCUCUGGACUCUGACGUCCCUCUGGACUCUGACGUCCCUCUCACGUAUUUCUUCGUCCCAGUAGAAGAAAAUUUGAAAGUCUUCUCUUCCUCCUUGUCUUUUUCUUCGAGCCGUCGUCUCCGGACUGUAAACCUUCUUAUUAAGAGUCAUGAAACGUUCUGAUGAAGAUCCUGACUGCAUUUUGGUCCAAACCCAGUUCAGGGUUUGAUGCCCCUUACAAUAACUCUACAUUCAAUUUUAGAUCUGUUGAAUGAUUGUUAUAUCAGAUAAAAUGUCCCAGUUUAUCAUAAAAAGACAAAAUCAGAAGGGCAAAAAGUAAUAUAAGUGUUUUAAUCUUACUGAUUUUAAGGUUUAUUGACUCUAAAUGUGAGCCAUGUUUUCUUUUUGUUCUCAUGUUGUUGCGGUUGGAGAUGGAAAAUGUUGUUCCUCUGCAGAUUGUCUCCAUCUAACGAUUGAGCUCUUGUGAUGGAAAGAGGAAACUGGUCUCACUGGUUUCUCACACUGACACCAGUGGGUUGAUGGUUUUCAGCAGACACUGAUCUCGUUUCUCUGCAGCUCUGCAGAUCUCCAGCAUUCCUGCUGCAGUGAAUCAGUUCACUGGAUCAGCAGGAGAAGAUUUCUCAGGACAUUGUGGCUCUUCUUUCCUUGGAACCAGGAAGAUGUUCUGCAGGGAAAACUGUGUGAAAGGAAACGUUCUGGUAGAAACCACAGAGAACUCAGCUGAAAACGGACGAUACAGCAUUGAAUAUGUCAAAGGUCACGGACCAAACGUUUACAGCCUCUCUGUGAAGAUCUCAGCGCUGACUGGGUCUGACUCGGGUCGGUACAGAUGUGGUUUGGGAGAAUCCUCAGAGUUCUACCAGGAUUUCAUUCUCAGCGUUUCAGGAACAUCAACCUCCAGACCAUCAACCAGUCAGAGCUCCAGCUCCAGUACAAACAGUUUCACAACUACAGUUUCCUCUGGAACCACCAAUCAGUCGGUUACAACAACAACAACAACAACAGACUAUUCUCCUUCACCAGCCGCUGCAGCUGUUUGGCUGUUUGUGCUUCCAGCCCUGGCCUUCAUCGCCGCCCUGCUGUCUGCGAUGAUGAUGAUGAUGAUGCUUUUCUGCAGAAGAAGAUCAAAGAAACCUCAAACAGGCGAGAGAAGAGAAACUGUCCUGUGGUUUUUCUGAGUGGAGUUAAUUCUCCUGUGGAAACGGAUCAAAGUCCUGCUGCCCGUGAGACGACCAGAAUCGAUCAUGAUGAUGAUGAUGAUGAUGAUGAUGAUGGUGUCAGAGAGGAAGACGGGCGGUGGAGAUCUGCUGACGUGGAAAUCUACUUGGCGUACAUCAACGCCAUCAGCAGCUCUGUGGCUGCAGCCGCUGAUCAGCACCAAGCUCCAGAUGAUGAAGAUGAUGGUGCUGAUGAAGCUGAGGUGAAUUUCUCCAGCAGACUCUUGGACUCUGCUCUCAGAGCCGGUAGAGGCAGCAUCAGUGACGUCCUCUGCCCUGACAUCUCCCACGACCAGCUGCUCUACUCAAACAUUUUUUAAUCUGAUCAUUUUUUAAUGUUAAACUGAGGCUCAUCUGCAGGACAGGCUGGUUUUACACCAACAGAAACUGAAUGUUGGAUCAAUUUGUUUGUCUUUUUCUUUGGAAUAAAUUUGUUGUUCUGUUGGAUUA